AUGUCGUGCCCCAAGCUGCUCUCCCUGAGAUGCCUUCUUCUGGGUCUGGUCAGACUUUCCAGCGCUGUCAUUCUUCGAGAUCCAGCCACCAUAAAUCGCACGUACGACUAUGUUGUAGCAGGAGGGGGCCUCACUGGGCUGGUAGUUGCCAACCGUCUGACCGAAGACCCAAACACCUCGGUGCUCGUUAUCGAGUACGGGGAUUUCGAUGAUAGCUGGGAUGUUGCAAUCCCGUACAAUGCUAGGUUCCUUCACACAGAAGACCUUUUCAACAUCCCUUCAGUUCCUCAAAAAGGCCUUGGCAAUAGAUCAUUCGGUGUGUACCUGGGCAAGACGGUUGGCGGCGGAUCGACUGUCAACGGAAUGGCUCUAUCAAGAGGCGCCCGUACAGAUUAUGAUGCCUGGGAAGCUCUCGGGAACCCAGGUUGGGGCUGGGAGAGUAUGUUCGAGUACUUCAAGAAAUCAUCAACUCUGACAUACCCCAGUUCCGAGCUUGUCGACAAGUAUGACUACGUUGUCAGUCCAGACGGGUAUGGUCAGGGUCCUAUGCAAGCAGGUUUCCCCCGCUGGCAGUUCCCUGCUCUAUAUAACUUCAUCGACGCGUGGACAAAGGACAUCGGAGUCCAAUAUCGCACGGACGGGGAUACGAAUGGAGAGAAUCUUGGUAUGGCGUGGAAGCCGAUCGACAUCGAUCCUGUGAAUGUUACCAGGUCCUCGGCACGAAAAGCUUACUACGAUCCAGCCAGUGGCAGACCCAAUCUGGACAUCCUUGUUGGCAGCUAUGUUGCAACACUUGCCACCGGGCCUGGAGCAUCUGUUACGGGUGUGAACGUGGCUCGUGUGAACAGUACUUCGAACGAACACAAAUACCUGCGCUCUGCUUUGCUGGAACCUCUCGGCAUUGACAUUAUUGCGGACCUACCCGGCGUAGGUGCAAACUUCCAAGAUCAUCCGACAAAUAUCGGAUUCGCUUUCCAAUUUGUGAAUGAACCAAGCCUCAACCCUAAUCUCUACAACGACGCCUCAUUUUUCAACGCGUCUUGGAACGAGUACAUGGCCAACAGGACUGGGCCUCUGACGUGGGCUUUUGGCAACAACAGGGUCGUCUUGUCUCUGCAGAAUCUCACCAGCGAUUACAAAGAAUUGAUCGACGAAUUUCUUCAUGAUAACGACACCAGUCGUUAUCUUGACGAUUGGUACAAGCAGGACUCGACCCUCGAGGCAGGCUACAAGCUUCAACACCAAGUCCUGUCUCGUAUUAUAUCUGAGCAGCACGGCAGUGUGACGGAGAACACGUUCGGCGGUGCCGCUGGCGCUGCCUUCGUUGUUAUUAAGCCAUUCUCCCGCGGGACAGUCCUCAUCAAUUCUACCGACACAGAUCCUAUCCUCGGGGCGCCGCUGGUAGAUUAUCAGGCCCUAACACACCCAUUGGAUACCAAGAUUGCCAUCGAGGGGCUCAGAAUGGCUCGUCGGCUCUUGUCGGCGCCUUCUUUGGCUCCUCUUCAGCCAAUAGAGACCGUGCCUGGAGCCAAUGUCACAACUGACGAGCAGAUAGAGGCAGCAAUUAGGACCUCACUCUACCGUCCUGCCAAUGCCCACCCUUGCUGCACAGCGGCAAUGAUGCCUUUGGAGCUGGGAGGAGUCGUUGACCCACAGUUACGGGUCUAUGGUGUCCGAGGACUGAGGAUUGUAGAUGCUAGCAUCUUGCCUCUCAUUCCUUCUGCUCAUACACAGGAAACCAUGUAUGCUGUUGCGGAAAAGGCAGCUGACAUUAUCAAGGGUGUCAGUGGCAAUUAG